GUCACACGCGUUAAACACUUAAUCCAUUGUUCAUUCACUUGACUCUCUCUACAUCUAUCAUCUCUAGAUUUUCAACUUUCGACUUUCGACUUUCGACUUUCGACUUUUGAACAUCAUAAGCUUCAUGAAAAGCUUCAUCAAGUUAAUCAAUAUUGGUUAGCUCUUUGGUGAAGGCUGUAACCAUUGAAAUAACCAAUAUUGAUUAAACAAGAGCUAUCGUCUCCAUGCCAUUUGACUAUGUCAAGUGUAACGAAGCACAAACCAUUCUCAAGCAAUUUGCUUAAAAUUCCAAAGGAUCAGAAGGAACUAAUAGAUCUUGAUAUAUCAUGGGCUAGUUCUCUUGGUACACGCACCAAUGGGUUCGUUAAUGUGCCUCCUGAUGUGGUGGAUAAUCUAAAGAAAUGGCAUGGCCGACAAUUGCAAGCAACGCCGUCAGAUAAUCCUCCUUCUCCUUCCUUGCCCAAUCCACCAGGAGAUGAUUUUGAUCAAAAGGAAGAAGAUGAAAUCCUGUCCCAGGCCAAUGCAGAUCCUGAGGUUGAAAUUCAAUCCCAGGUUGCCCACUCCGAACUUGGAAUUGACGACGAUAAAGAUGAUGAGAAGCCCACCUUUGCUCUCAGCCGAGCGGAAUGGCAAUCCAGUCCCCCCGAAAACAAAUUUCCACCUCAGAAAACAGAAAGUGAAAGUGGCCAGUCGCAAUUCCUAACACAACCACAUUUUUCACCUACGGUAACUUCUAUGGUAUCUCUUCCACCAAGUAGCCAAGAAGAAGAGGAGCCCCUUGAAAUGGCAACUCCGAUUGCUAUAACCGAUGCCGCUCCUCCUGUCAAUAAAGACAGUAGCCACCAAUAUGCAACCCCUCCUUCUCCACCGGUUGUUCCAUGUACUUUUCAGCAGUCCGAGCAGUCUUCUACGGACCCCAGAUCUGAGCCAGAACCGAAACCGAAGCAGCGUGCCUACCCGGAACCUGUUGAGUUCUACCACCCCGGGAAAGCUCAGUCACCGUCAAAGCAUCUCAAUAGCUUGAGACCUACAGAUACGCCACUGGCCAAUGCCCAAAAUGCUACUUCACCACUCAACCCAUCAUCCUUAUUUGUGCCAUCUACUAUGCAAGAUGAAGGCACCAGUAAAGACUUACCCACUCAGCACAGUAGCCAGGUCACAUGUCCCAUAUCUCUACUUAAGAAGUCCACUAUAAGUUACAAGGAUCUCAGCUCUCAAAACUCCUCACAAAUACAACAGCAACAACAGUCGCCUGAGUUUAAACCUUCAUCGCCGCAUUUUGGAUCUUCGCCAAUCGAUUCACCCAUUCAUCGAGACUUUUCUCUGAAUCCUAUCUGGCCACAGCCACCAACCCAGUCCCCUUUUGCCUGCUACACCACAACAUAUAGGGACUAUCGUGGAAGUAUCAGUGAUUUUAUAGAAGCUUGCGUAUAUAUCCAGCACCAACAAAAACGAGCACGAAUACGGACCUCAUUAUACGACGACUUCAUCCGGAUAUGGCACGAUGCGUACCGCCAGUACAUAGUUGAGUGUGAUAAUGCCGAUCCCCCGGUGAAAGCAUUAAGUGCCAUAGCCUGGUACAACACAAUAGACGACGACCCUGUAUAUACCUCCCGAGUCAUUACAAGGCAAAACCUCGAGUUCACGCUUAGCUGCUAUCCUGCAGAUGUGCAGUAUGCUCAACAUACCAUUAGUACACUGUCAAACCCAACCGCAGAGACAGCAAGCUGCACAGAUACGACCCAACCAGCAAAUAAUCACAAACUCGGCUUGGUAGAUAAUCGCAUAAUACCAGACAUGACGCAAAACCUCGGCGUUAUAGGAAUGGAAACGAACGGCCACGACCCUAGAAUCGUGCCUCCAACGUCCUCAUCUACGUUUCAGCGUCCGGAAAACAGUGCGAUUAUCCCACCUCAUAAAUCGAUGAGUGUGAUUGACCAGAGACCAGCCCAAGGAAAAGGGCUUGCACGAUCCUUCUCCGAGGCUAACAUGUAUAAGAGGAAGGCCAGUGAGGAUCUCAGCGGCGCCUUCACGAAACGGUUUUCGGUUAACUCGCUCGUGAAAACCGACACUAUGGGCAAUGCAAGUGCAUAUACAAAGCCCGGCAUUCCUAGACAUAGCCCGGAGGGCUCCAUGGCACCUAGUUCCACGGCUUCGAGAAAGAACAGAUAUGAAAAUCACCCGGAGAAGAGAAGCAAGGCUUGGAAGAGAUACUGUGACAAGAGACGAACACAGUGGGACAAGGAAGGUAUUGCGAGCUCGGCACCAGUGAACAAUACGCCAACCUCGGCUCAGAGGGAAUAAUCAGGUACUGGGACGGGAAAAGUUUGGGGAAAGGCUUCGGGUGAUUAAUGGGGUUAUAGCAUGCCUGGCGUUCUAACAAGUUAAUUACUGGCAGGAUCUGAGGCAAGGGGGCACUGGAUGGAAUGUGUAUGUCUCAAAGGCGUUUAAGGUUCGAUACCUCCCUAAACACCUACUUGGUAACAAGUCAUCGACGAUUAUUAAUCUAAUCUCCACGCGCCUACACAUCAAGCCAUGACAUCCGGCCAGGUCAAUUUGGAAACGAUGUAAUGCCUCUUACGUUGUGUUCGAGGGUCAUGGAAAAGGUGGGGAGGCGGGUAGGUACAUAGGGAGGUAAUGUCCAAGGACAUAUAAAUAUGCACGACUUAUUAGUCUACUAGCCCCGAAUAUGACAGAACUCCAAAGUUCAUACUAAU